CGAUUCGACGCCUGAUUCCCCUCCAGAACUCAAGAACCUUGGCUUGCAGUGUCUGUCUCUCCUGCAACGACCACCUUACCGUCGACUACUGUCCCACUUUCAUUUUUCCCAAGACCUGAUUUAUACCCUCUUUUAACGACGAAGAAUACGCCGCCGUCAUGAGUUCCCCGCUCCGUGAGCAUCCGUCCUCGGCAAACCGAGGCGUACCGCCCGGCAGAGCUGGUCGAAAGCGCGCGCGCACUAACGGUGACGACGCCGCUUCCUCGGCCGGCGCUCCCUCCAGCCCCAUCAUGCCCUCCUCCCCGCCCGCCUUCAACAUUGCCCACGGCGGCGACGAUGACGAUGAUAUCGAGGAAGAUGCGGAAAUCCAGGAUGACAUCGACGACCUCGACGAGAUGGCCGAGGACGAUGUCGACCUGUUCCGCGAGGGCUUCGAACGCGAUUACCGCGAGCGGCCCGACGAUGCUUACGAAGACAUUGGCAUUGACGACGAAGGGGACUACGACGCCAUGGACCUGGGCGAGAGGCGGCGUCUCGAGGCGCAACUGGCCCGCCGAGACCGCGAGGUCGCCCGGCGACAGCGCAUCCCCGCUGCCUUCCUUCCCGGCGAGGACGACGACCGCGACAUCGACCUGACGGCUCAGCCUCGCCGCCGUAGGCAUCGGUACGAUGAGGACCCCGACGAAGACAUGGAUGCCGACAUCAUGGACGAGGAGCUCUCGCUCGAGGCUCUGCACGAUGUCAAAGCUUCCAGUCUGACCGAGUGGGUGGCCCAGCCUGCCGUGCAGCGGACCAUCAAGAGGGAGUUCAAGGCCUUCCUCACCGAGUACACCGACGACAGCGGCUCUUCGGUGUACGGCAACCGCAUCCGCACCCUCGGCGAGGUCAAUGCCGAGUCCCUGGAGGUCUCGUACGAGCACCUCUCCACCUCAAAGGCUAUCCUGGCCUACUUCCUCGCCAACGCUCCUGCCGAGAUGCUCAAACUGUUCGACGAGGUAGCCAUGGAUGUGGUCCUGCUGCACUACCCAGACUACGAGCGCAUCCACUCGGAGAUCCAUGUUCGGAUAUUUGAUCUCCCCGUUCACUACACCCUUCGUCAGCUCCGCCAGUCGCACCUCAACUGCCUCGUGCGGGUCAGCGGUGUCGUGACCAGGAGAUCGGGCGUCUUUCCCCAGCUGAAGUACGUCAAGUUUGACUGCACCAAAUGCGGCAUCACGCUCGGCCCCUUCCAGCAGGAGUCCAACGUCGAGGUCAAGAUCUCGUACUGCCAGAGCUGCCAGUCCCGCGGCCCCUUCACGCUCAACUCGGAGAAGACCGUCUACAGGAACUACCAGAAGCUGACGCUUCAGGAGUCCCCUGGGACCGUCCCCGCUGGUCGCCUGCCCAGACACCGCGAGGUGAUUCUGCUCUGGGAUCUCAUCGACAAGGCCAAACCGGGGGAGGAGAUCGAAGUGACGGGCAUCUAUCGCAACAAUUACGACGCCCAGCUCAACAACCGCAAUGGCUUCCCGGUCUUCGCUACGAUCCUUGAGGCCAACAACAUCGUGAAAUCGCAUGACCAACUCGCUGGUUUCCGCAUGACUGAGGAAGAUGAGCACCAGAUUCGCCAGCUCUCCAAGGACCCGCACAUCGUCGACAAGAUCAUCAACUCGAUAGCUCCGAGCAUUUACGGCCACACCGACAUCAAGACAGCCAUCGCGCUCUCCCUCUUUGGGGGUGUAGCCAAGAAGACGAAAGGCGAGCAUCACGUCCGAGGAGAUAUCAACGUCCUCCUCCUCGGCGACCCGGGCACUGCCAAGUCGCAGUUCCUCAAGUACGUCGAGAAGACGGCCCACAGAGCUGUCUUCGCCACCGGCCAAGGCGCCAGCGCCGUCGGUCUCACGGCUAGCGUCCACAGGGACCCCCUGACGAGCGAAUGGACGCUCGAGGGCGGCGCGCUCGUGCUCGCCGACAAGGGCACCUGCCUGAUCGACGAGUUCGACAAGAUGAACGAUCAGGACCGGACCUCGAUCCACGAGGCCAUGGAGCAGCAGACCAUCUCCAUCUCCAAGGCCGGCAUCGUCACGACGCUGCAGGCGCGCUGCGGCAUCAUCGCCGCCGCCAACCCCAUCGGCGGCCGCUACAACUCGACCAUCCCCUUCUCGGCCAACGUCGAGCUGACCGAGCCCAUCCUGUCGCGCUUCGACAUCCUCUGCGUCGUCCGGGACACGGUCGAGCCCGAGGAGGACGAGCGCCUCGCCCGCUUCAUCGUGGGCUCGCACAGCCGCAGCCAUCCGAUGACGAACACGCAGGCGACAUCGGCCGGCGCCGACUCGAUGGAGGUAGAGCAGCCCGACUCCGCGCGGGCCGACGACACCCAGGCCACCGAGGCCGGCCGCAACAAGGAGGGCGAGAUCCCGCAGGAGCUGCUCCGCAAGUACAUCCUCUACGCGCGUGAGCGGUGCACGCCCAAGCUGUACCACAUGGACGAGGACAAGGUGGCGCGCCUGUUCGCCGACAUGCGCCGCGAGAGCCUGGCCACGGGUGCUUAUCCCAUCACGGUCCGCCACCUCGAAGCCAUCAUCCGCAUCAGCGAGGCCUUCUGCCGCAUGCGGCUGUCCGAGUACUGCUCCGCCCAGGACAUUGACCGCGCCAUCGCCGUCACGGUGGAGAGUUUCGUCGGCAGCCAGAAGGUGAGCUGCAAGAAGGCGCUCGCCCGGGCGUUCGCCAAGUACACGCUGGCCAGGCCCGGCGCCACGGCCGGUCCGAGGAGGGCGGGUGCCGCCGGCCGCGGCGGGAGGCAGGCUGCUGUGUCGGCUUAGAUGGGUCUGCUUUUGUCUUUUUUUGUUUUGCUUUUGUCGGUUGGUUUGUCCAGGCGUUUGUUGUUUACGGGCGUAAUGGGGACUGUUGGUUGUCCAAGACGACGCGGGUGGGCCGUGAGGAGCUGGGCAUGACGAUAGGAUGAGGGGAAGUGGCAACUAUCA